CGACAAAACAAGCACGAGCUUAUUAAACUUGUGUUGCUGCAGUCAAGCGCCGACAGCGCGCGUGCCACUCGUCGACAACUUGCCAAGCACGUGACCACUCCUCAACUUCACGUCACUACGGCAGCAACGAUUCAACUCCUACAGUAACGAAUUCGACAGCGGCGCGAAUGUGCGGCUGCGCCCAGGCGGCUUCUUCCUCCCCAGCGACAUGACAUGCGUUCUCCCUUCGACGUUUGGGGAAGAGCUUGGACAAGAGGAAGAAGAUGAGGCUUUGGACUUGAGUACCGUCGACAAUAGUCGUUGGGCUGUCGACAGUCGCAGCCCUCUCUUCCCUGGCCUCUCACCAGCUGUACUUCCUUCACCCAUCACAUCCAAAGAUCCCAGCUGCCAUCAACAGCAGCAACGACAGCAACACGUUCGCUUGGCGACGCACAAUGCCGCCCCAAUGCACCCGCCAUCCCCCAGCUUCUCCUGUCUGUUCGACACUCGUCCAUCCACACGAGGCAGCAAAAGCGUCCGCGCUCCAACGACUGCUCCUGCAUGCCUCGCUUGCAGAUCGACAAAACCCAAGCGCACGGCUUCCGCAGCCAAGGGCACUCUUCAAUCUUCGCCACGCCCUUCCUUGCUCGGGCACAACGUUGUUCUUCCCAACAGGCGCAAUAAGCGCCGUUACAACCGCAUGCUCUGUGUCAAGGCCACGCCGGCGUCUUCACCAUCGCCACUACCAGCACCACCAAGGCGCCCCCGCCCCUCGCACAAGCGACGGCGGCGACGACGGCGGCACCUUCUCAAGCCGUUGCUUCGACACAGCAACCAUACGUGCACUUCCGACGCCGACGACGAAGCAUCUGAUGACGCUGAAGAUUCCCACGACGCCCCGUUCACAGUCGCAAGCUGCACACCGCCUGGCACGAAGCAAGCACAAGCCCGUCCCACCGAAAGCGAUGGGCUGCCCUCGCCCGUCGAUGGUGGCCCGUCUUCAACCACAAACCAUUCGACGACACACCAGCAGCCGACGACCAACCACGGAGCAGAACCCAACCACAACGGCAGCAUCGACAGCGGCACCAAGCUUGGCAACACGCCAGCAGCGUCCCCCGCCUCUUCUUCGUCCUCGUCCUCUUCCUCAAACGAGGGCUCGAGUACCAGCAGCAGCAGCAGCGACAGCAGCAGCAGCAGCAGCAGCAACAGCAGCAGUAGCAGCAGCGACAUCAGCGACAUCAGCGACAGUAGCAACAGCAGCGACAGUAGCAACAGUAGCGACAUCAGCGACAGUGACAAUGACAAUGAUAGCAGCAGUCACAGCAGUGGGAGUAAUAGCACGAGCAGCAGCUCGAACAGCUCGAGCUCAGAAGACAAGAGCGGCGGCGGCAGCAGCAGCAGCACCACCACCAGCAGCAGUGGCAGUAGCGACAGUGGCAGCAGCAGCAGUAGUAAUCACAGUGGCAGCAGCACCAGCAGCAGCUCAGACAGCUCAAGCUCAGACAUCAACGACAAUAACGACAAUAACAACAAUACCAACAACAAUAACAGCAACAACAGAACCACUACCACCACCAUCACUAACAACAACAGCAACAGCAGCAGCAACAAUAGCAUCAUCAGCAUCAGCAGUGACAGCAGUCACAACAGCAGCAGUCAUGGGGAUGUGCAACAUGUUGUCGCAGGUACUGGUGCCCCAACGUCUACACCGCCCAGCAGCAAGACCGACACGCUUCUUCGUGGGCACAGUCACAACUCUAGUCGCACCAACUUUAGCGUGCCACCCGUCCGAGGGACCCCGGACCAGGUGCUGACCGGAACAGCGCCCGCAAUCAGCGUGAGCAGAGACGGUUCCUCCACUGCGCAUGCUCAACGGGCGCAGUUGUCAAGCCAAUCCAUCUACAUCACCUCAUCUGUCUCAUCCACCGCAGCUGCAGCAUCUACAACAGCAGCGGUGUUGUCUGCUGCGUCUACAACACAAUUCUCGCUCGCUCACCCCCCAGCCCACCACAACCAACUCCAGCAAAAUCCUUUACCGUCACAGCAGCAACAACAACACCAGCACCAGCACCAACACCACCAGCAGCAGCAGCAACAGCACCAGCAGCACCAACAGCACCAACAGCAGCAACAGUGGCGGCGGCUUCGGUGGCAACAACAGUGGCGGCAGUGGCAACACGUGCAGCACCUACAAUAUCAACAGCAACAAAAGGAGGUUCGGGCCACCUUUCUACGGGACUACAGGGCUUGGCAGCAAGCGAGGCUUCGCCGUCGGCUUAAGCCACGUCGGCUGAUUGCGCGCACGAGCGACGAGUCGAUACCAGGUUCACCUAAAACCCCAAAAUGCAAGAGAGGCACGUCACGCCUUCCCGACCUGAAGCGGCUGCCCCUGCUCCUGCAAGCAUGUGCAUUGCGUUUAUCAGGCCCAAGCAGGCCACCGCAAGCGUUUCAGCGCUAUCUUGAGCUCUCAGACCGCGCCUUUCGGCACACUGCAAAGGGCAGGGAUGAGCAGAUCCAAGUGGGCUCACAGAAGCGGAAGAAGCGGGGAGCGAAGCGGGGCAAAGCGAACAAGAGAUGCAAACCCAACAGCAGGCGUGGUGGUGGUCAUGAUGAUGGUGGUAGUGAUGAUGAUGAUGAUGAUGAUGAUGAUGAUGAUGAUGAUGAUGAUGAUGAUGAUGAUGAUGAUGAUGAUGAUGAUGAUGAUGAUGAUGGUCAUCGUGGUCGUAGGGACAGUCACGUUGGAGACAUUUUUGACCCUACGGCUCCUUCUGCAGCCUCGGUCACGGCCACCACCGCCAUCUCCAGCAAACACCACAACACCAAUACUGAUGGCCAGAACAGCGACAGCGGUGGUGAUCGGAGCAGUGCUGCUCGUGACUGGCGCCACCCGACAGAACGCGAGCAGGCUCUGAUGGACACGAUUGCGAAAGACUGCCAGCUCACGUUGACAUCGCGGCAAGUGGAUUUCGACCAAUCCGCGCGCUUACAUGAGAUGCAGCGGUUGAGGAUUGAGGCAUUCAGGCGAUGGCACGAGGCAACCGUUGCAAACCCGGCCGCCCCUUGCUUUGCGCACGACAGCUGGGUGCAAUCGCUCGCCUUGACAGAUGCCCCUGAAAACGAGCGGACCCGAAACUUGACGCAGCUGCUUCAGCUGGUGUGGCUGAGGAUACACACCGGCCAAGCCGCAAUUCGCCGGCAUGACCCGAGUGGGGACCACGUUCGCAAAGUGGAUGGCAUCAUCACGUGCCUUCAGAAACUGCUUGCCAGAGCACGUGAAGUGCCUGUUCCACCUUCUGAGCACACGACAGACGGCGAGGGAUUCUUUCUCUGCCAUCAAUGUGGCCUCUGGCGAGCAACAAAGAAAGCCACUGCGCCCAUUUGCGCGCCAUGCAGCUCCUUCACCUUCAAGCAUUUCAAGCUCUUCCGGCAGAACUUUCCCGAGCUAACUCUGCUUCACGAAUUGCCACUGUUCAUUUGGGACGCAAUGUCUCGGUUUUACGAGCCUGGUGCGGUUGGGUGUCCCUGCCCCAGUGGCCCGUCUUGCGAUUGUGCUUGCAGCCUGAUCACGGACGCUUGCAGCGUUUGCCGAUUUCUGCGCGGAUUUGCAAUCAGCAUCAUCUACAACUCAUGGCCUGCGAUGAUGAGGCCUCUGUCACGCCCAGUGCGGCCGUUCACGACGAAAGAUCUUGACGGCUUGGAUCUUCGUGUGGUGUACAACCCGCACAGGGAUGGAAAACCACCAGUCCUCAAGUCUUUACCCAAACAACGCGAAUGGCAUGCGGAGCGGUACCGCGAGAAGGCGCGUACAACGGCGCGCAGUGCAGAGGUUGAUGAUAUACUGCAGCUGCUUUACAUCAUGAAAGGAGAGCCGCCGCCAUCACCACCACCACCACCACCACCACCACAACAACAACAACAACAACAACAACAACAACAACAACAACAACAACAACAACAACAACAACAACAACAACAACAACAACAACAACAACAACAACAACAACAACAGCAGCAGCAGCAGCAGCAGCAGCGUCCCGAAAGGGGUCGUGUGUUGCUUGAUGAAAACGUGGCAAACGCGCUGUUUGCCGGCGGAGGCUCUGCACCACCCCCAGUCUCUGGUACUUCCCCGGACGCCGCAAAAAUUGCUACCUCAACAGCGGCUGCCACUGAACACGUUGCGGCCUCUGAUGCGACGCCUGCUUCUGUUGAACAGGAUGCUGACUCUUCGCUCGCGCCUCGCCACAUCAAUACGUUGCCGGCGUUUGUGCUUCCCAAGGGUCGGCGCCCGCCCUUGUGGAGUUCGGCAAACCACUCUUCGUCGACGCUGCCAUCACGCUCGUGCACACGACAGCAGGGAACGACGCAGCUGCCGCCACCCGCAAGGAACCCGCCACAGUCGACACCAACCACACAAGCGCCAAGGAUGCCAGCACCAACUACACAAGCGCCAUGGAUGCCAGCACCAACCACACAAGCGCCAUGGAUGCCAGCACCAACUACACAAGCGCCAAGGAUGCCAGCACCAACUACACAAGCGCCAUGGAUGCCAGCGCCAACCACACAAGCGCCAAGGAUGCCAGCACCAAACACGCGCCCGCCACAAGCGUUGCCAGCACCAACCACACAAGCCCCACAUGCGUUGGUGUCUCCACAACAGGGCCCACUCGCACGUCAGCAGGUGCAGCCUCUUGUUGAACAGCAGCACGUGCUGGACAUGCGCGAAGUGGAGAGGCAGCGCCAGUACCAGAUUGAAUUGGAGAAGCGGGGCAAGGAGAAUUACAGGCGAGCGGUGUAUUUCGAUCAGGUGCGGAGGGGUCUAAAGGAAGCAAGCCUCGCGUUGAAGAUCAUACGACGGAGGAAGCGCGCAUCGCGCACCAAGCAAUCGCGUGAGCACCACCGGCACGCUGACUCCGCAGAAGCUGUCUUUAUCGAUGACGACGACGACGACGACGACGAUGAUGACGACGAUGAUGAUACCGUCACAGACGAGGAGGGGGAGGAUGGUUGCAAGGGUGAUGACAAUGACGAAGAGGAAGAAGAAGAAGAAGAAGAAGAAGAAGAAGAAGAAGAAGGGGAGAGUCAUGACGAUGACAGCAGCAGUGAUGGUGAUAGACAGGAAGGGAAUGGAACCGGUGGCGGGCAAGAGCACGUGUCGCGACGGUUGCACUUGGCAUUUGAUGAUCUGCCCCCUAACCAGGAGAGACCGCACAUGCGGCUACUGAACCUGUGGUUGAAGCACGUGCUUGUCGAGCAGCAGCGCUACGUUCGAGGUGAGAAGAAGCUGCUGAGGGAGACCCUGAAGGACAUUGUACGGAGCAAAGGUCGACUGCGCCAAGUGCGAGCGCAGCACCAGGAGUUACUCAAGGAACGCCGGGCAGCGUAUGAGCGGCUCCGGCACAUCAGAAACGUGUUAUUCUACCGGAACCAACUGUUCAAGGGCAGGAGUGAUGAUGGUGAUGAUUCAGAGCAGGGACGAGCAGCAUCGCAGCCGCAGAGCGCACAGCAACAAACACAAGCACAACAAGAACAGCCGGAGAACCCACCGCAGCAGCAACAGCAACAACAACAACAACAACAACAACAACAACAACAACAACAACAACAACAACAACAACAACAACAACAACAACAACAGCAGCAGCAGCAGCAUCUGCUACCACAUGAUUUUCAGCCAUGUCCGCGCUAUCCCCUUCAGCAAGAGCAACAACAGCAGCAACAGCGCCAAUAUCGACAACAAGUUGGCGGGAUUCUCGAGCGCUUGAGAAGACACACGCUGCCGCCCCCAUACCAGGAGCAGCUGCAAGCGAUACUCCACUUUUGGGCUCACAAUCCACAGCUGACCCUGCACCACCAAAGUCAGGUUCAAGCGAUGCUUCUGUUCUUGAAUCAACAGGAGAAGCAGGAAAGACAACCGCAGCAGAAGCAGCAGCAGAAGUAG